GUUAUUAAAAUACAAAAAAGUGCAUUUAACUUCCAGCUUGCUUCUAACGAAGAAAAAUAGUAGUUUAUAUUAUAGAACAAAAAAUUGCAGAACUAACUUUCAAAUGUUUCCGAGAACAUUUCUAUUAGAGAAUUAUUAACAUUAGAGAACUUUCUAUUUGAAUUUUAUUAAUACCAAGAAACAAGGAAGAGGAUGCAGUAAAUGUUUAAAAUAUUUUGCGAUGAUUAUCAACAAUGAUCAGAAUUUCGAAACUAAUUUACAAGUGGACGGAGAUCAUUCCAAAAAAGGCAGUAGGCUAAUGCAGCUAAUUGCUGGAUUCAGUGCUUCUCUUUCGGUAGCUGCAGCAGGAGUAAGUAACGCCUGGACAUCACCGGCACUUCCUCACUUGAAGAGCAAUUCUUCAACAUUUCCCGUUAAUGACGAACAAGGAGCGUGGAUUAUUUCAAUCUAUAAUCUCAGUGACAUCAUUGGAUCAAUAUUAGUAAUUCUUCUCAUCGAUCGGAUUGGGAGAAAAAUCAGUUUACUACUGAGUGGCCUACCGUUCCUUCUCUCUUGGCUUCUCACCAUCUAUGCCACUAAUUACCAACAUCUUCUAAUCGCCAGGUUUAUUGCCGGAAUUGGUCAAGGUUGCUCCUACGCAGCAAUUGUAAUCUACUUAUCAGAAAUUGCUGAUAAAAACAUAAGAGGUAUUUUGAUCAGCAUCAUGCGGAUAAUGUCAGUACUGGCAGGUUUUCUACUGACAAUUGUGGGAUCAUUCUGUACUUACGAAACACUGAAUUUUUCAUGUAUGUCAAUACCAAUUUUAUUUCUCGCUAUAUUUGUAUUCAUGCCCGAAAGUCCGUAUUACUUUUUGCUGCGAAACAAAGAGGAGGAUGCGGUAAAGUGUCUGGUGAUCUUAAGAGGAAUUACAAGUCAACAAACUGAUUCCUUAAUUAGGGAAAUGAAAUUAGACAUAGAGAAUGAACGGCACCUAAAGAAUCACGCCCUCAAGGAAUUAUUCUUGAAGAAGCAUAACCAAAAGGGUCUCUUGAUAGUCGCCUGUAUGAAAGUAACACAAUUAAUGACUGGACAGUCCGCAAUUGUCAAUUACACCGAAGAGAUCUUUACCAUAAGUGGAUCAUCAUUAGAACCAAAAAUAUCGGUUGUAAUUCUCGCCGGAGUUCGUGUGAUUGCUUCCCUCAUUGUUAGUGGCCUAAUGGAACGUAUCAGUAGGGGUUUGAAUUUCUUCCUGUCCGGAAUAUUGGCUUCCAUAUUUUUAGCAGUGGUGGGUUUAUUUUUUUUCCUCAAACAACAAACACUUGUUGACGUAACUCCAAUCUUGUGGUUACCACUCGUCAGUCUAAUUCUAUUCGAAUUAGUCUACUACAUGGGAUUGAAUACCGUUCCCUACGCAAUACAAGGAGAAAUAUUUCCAAUUCACGUAAGAGGUAUUGCCGUCUCUCUAGGUAUGAUGUUCGGAUCAACUUGCUCCUUUAUCACCACAAUUGGCUAUUACCAACUCACAAAUAUUUUCGGUAUGCAUACUGCAUUUUGGUUUUUUGCCACUAUCGCAAUUUUUGGAUCAAUCAUCUCCCUUCUAAUCAUCCCAUCAACAAAUGGUAAAACCCUAGAGGAAAUUCAAGCAAUGAGAAAUCCGGAUAUGAAACAAAAACUCGAUUUGGAAAGAUGUGAGAAAAGUUAGUAAUAUAUACCCUCUUGUUUCUUUAUUUCAUUUAAUAAAAAAAAUAUUUUCUUGAAAAAUAGCUAAAAGUGUUCGCAGAAGAUGAUUAAUAAACUUGGUUGAUAAUGUUACUGCAAUCGUGUAAUUAUAUAGAUAAGAAUAUUACCGUUUAAAUGCAAAUAGAACAAAUUCUAGUGUGUGUUUUGCAAAAUAAAAAAAACUUGUGUACAAUUUAGGAAAUAAAGAAUUGAUUAUUUUUAA